CUCACGCCGUUACCACGCACUUUCCCGAGGCUCCACACUGAUCUGGCCUCGUCCCGCCCAUCGCACCUGCUCGCCUCCACCGCCUCCUCCACAUCAGAGAAGCGCGUGUGAGGCGUCCUGGAGUUUUAGGUUCACUCGAAUUGGAAGUAAAGGGACCUAGUGCAUAUUUUCCGUGAGAUCACUACCACCACCACCACCACUACAAGACUACUACUACUACUACUACUACUACUACUACUACUACUAUUGGUGGUGGUGUUGGUGAUACAAUGACGGUCACUUACACCACCAAAGUCUCCAACACCAGUUUCUGCGGAUUUUCCAAGCUUCUGUUCAGAUGGCGUGGGAGUGUCUUCAAGUUACUCGCCGCUGACCUCCUUGUUUACUUCUUGCUCUAUUUCUCUGUGGCAGCCAUCUACAGGUUCGCCUUACGGGAGAAUGAGAAAAGAGUGUUUGAGAAGAUCGCCAUAACGUGUGAGUACUUCCGUAACGUGUUCCCGAUCUCCUUCGUGCUGGGUUUCUACGUGACAAUCGUGGUGCAGCGGUGGUGGGAGCAGUACAUGUUGAUCCCAUGGCCAGACACAGUGUGCAUCAUGGCCGCCACCUAUAUAGAGGGCCAGGACGAGCGAGGCAGGAUGUUGCGCCGCUCCUUCGCUCGCUACAUCAACCUCGCCUUCGCCCUCGCCUUCUCUAGGAUAUCGCCCAGGGUAGCAAGGCGCCUCUCCACCUACCAGAAGUACAUUGACGCAGGCUACAUGACACAGGAUGAGAGAGUGAUCUUUGAAAUGAUGGACGCCUGUUCACAACACCACAAGAUCUGGAUGCCUCUGGUCUGGGCGUCCUUCAUCGUGCGGCAGGCGAGGCGGGAGGGUCGCUGCCCAGACGACCACGGACAGAAGGCGGUGGUCACGGAGAUCACUAACUUGAGGUACAACUGUGGGAAGCUUCAAGAGUACCAUACCAUGAGUGUUCCUCUCGUCUAUACGCAGGUGGUCACGCUCGCCACUUACUCCUACUUCGCCUUCUCCAUACUCGGCCGGCAGUUCUUGGACCCGGCGCAGGGCUAUGAGAACCACUCCGUUGACUUCUACGUGCCAAUCUUCACGCUCUUCCAGUUUGUGUUCUACGUCGGCUGGCUCAAAGUGGCCGAGUCUCUUCUUAACCCCUUUGGUGAUGAUGAUGACGAUUUUGAGACCACUGAGUUCCUGGAUCGACACUUGGAGGUGUCCUACAUGAUCGUGGACAACAUGCACAAGCUCUACCCUGACGUGCUGCACCCGCCAGGCUCCAAGGAUCUCGCAGCGCCUCUCAACAACGUACUGGCCCGCCCCCGACCUGUAGAUUCCCCACCCAGCAAGGCAGCGUCACUCAGCGGGCAGUCGGAGGGAGAAAAGUCGCCUGUGGUUAAGUACUGCACGGAAUUAGUGGACGGCCUGGUUCCCCGAAGUGUUCAGCUACCGAGCAGCCCUUCCUCGUCCCUUCCAAGGACAUCCAAGUCACCGUCCACACCCCCUUAUAAACAAGUGAGCAUCGUCCUGCAAGGCGGCACUGCGGCUGGGAGCGAGCCAACACCCACUGCUAAGCUUGUCUCUUUCACGCCCUCUCCCAUUCACCACCCCGCCACUACCACCACCACCGCCACAACUGCCACCACCACCACGGACACCUCCCCAGCAGAGCCCCAGCACAAGCAGCAGAGUAGCACCACACAUGACAGUACCACGAAGGCUAAGAUUCGUCAGUACACCAACCCAGGCUUUCUCAAAUGACGUGCUGGAGGAGGAGGACGUGCGGAGGUGUUAAUUCUUGGAUUCUUGUGGUAGUGAAGUGUUCUCGUAGUGUAGGUGUAGCUUCGUUCGUGUGUCUUUAACCCCUUCAGUAAAGGAAUGCAUUUUUUACCAUGAGUUUUGGGGUGAGAUUAGACGAUUUUAUUGACAUUAGAAAAGGUCUAUGGAGGUCAGAAGAUUAAUGGCCAGAGUUUUCACUAUUUUAACCCCCACAUGAGUUUCUGAAGCUGUAUAAAAUCACCAAAUAGUAAUCAGAAUGAAAGGAAAAACGUGUCAUGGUACUGAAGGGGUUAAUUGCUAGUGAAAUGAAAGAAGGAAUGAAGGAAGUGGGAUGGCUGGCUGUUUCGUUGUUGGGUUCUUAGGGAAAAGUAAUGCGAGGCUAUCUAUAUAUAAAAGAUGGUGUAGUUUUGCAUUUAUAUAGUUUGUCUCAAGCCCUUUAUUACUGGGACGCAUUUCUACCUUGAGUUUUGUGUGAUUAGACGAUUUUAUUCACAUUAGGAAGGGUCUAUGGAGGCCAGAAGGUUAAUGGCCAGAGUUUUCACUAUUUUAACCCCCACAUAAGUUUCUGAAGCUGUAUAAAAUCGCCAAACAGUAAGCAGAAAUAUGGAAACGCAUCAUGGUACUGCCCUUGUUGAUAUAUUGAGAGGUACCCAAGGAAAAGCGAUGUGAAGAACGAUACCUUACUGACACACUCAUUUGCUGUGUUGUGUCCCGUGUUGAGAAGGUCGAGGCUGUAGCUUCACCUAGAAUGCAUGUGAGAAGAGUGAAGGUGCAAGGUGGCGACGCGGAAGUGUUUCAGAAAGCGGGCCAGUAAUGCUCGAGAUGCUCCGACUCGCAGAGAAAUCAAAGAGGUUAUCUCAAUCAAAAACAGAACGGUGCAAAAGCUUUAAGUCUGAAUAGGAGUAGUUUAAUGGACCCCUUCAGUACUGAGAUGCAUUUUUACCUUCUUUUUUCGGGUAUGAUUAGACGUUUUGAUUUACAUUACGAAGAGUAUAUGGAGGUCAGAAGAUUAAUGGACAGAGGCGUCACUGAUUUUCAUCCCCCACAGAAGUUUCUGAAGCUGUAUAGAAUUACUAAAUACCAACCAGAAUGAAUAGGAAAAUGCGUCUGGUAUUGAAAUGGUUAAUAGUUUACUUAGUUAUCCUUGCUGGCAGAAUACAGUACUACUAAUUCGUAAGCUGGCGUUCUUGUUGUCACGGUUCGCCAUAUAGGACGCUUGUAUAGACAGAGAGUGGGGCAAUUAAAUAUGAAUACGAUUACUAAUUACGAAGGCAAGUCAAUAAGGGAAGCCGUGACAACUGAGAUAGCUAAGAGCGUGGCAGUUAUAUGUGAAUACGAGUACUACUUAAGAAGGUAAGUCAAUAAGGGAAGAUGCCACAACCCGUCAGAUCUUUGCGUGGCAGUCCCUCUUUGUAUAAUAUUCAAAUAUCAAAACAUGUAUUGCAGUGUAUGAGAGAGAGAGAGAGAGAGAGAGAGAGAGAGAGAGAGAGAGAGAGAGAGAGAGAGAGAGAGAGAGAGAGAGAGAGAGAGAGAGAGAGAGAGAGAGAGAGAGAGAGAGAGAGAGAGAGAGAGAGAGCCAAUGUUUCAAAUAGCAAUCUUAAGACUUAUGUAUUACCAAUAUCAAGUUUUCCGUCAAUAUUAAAUAUUUUUCGUCGAGUAUGUUACGAUAAAUACCUAAUGUCAUUAUUCUUAAGGUGUGUACCAGUACGCACACUACAUAAUACUGUUACUGAGGUGGAAAUAAACUAUGGUACCAAGA